UACAAGAAGAGACUGAGAAGAAACUUCCGAUAGAGCCCAAGGACACCGCCACACAGAAGUAUGAACGUCAUUAUUUUCUUCUUCAUUUUGUCACUCUUCACGAAUGGUGUGUUUGGUGAUGAAGUGAAGUCAGUGUCAGUGAUGGAGGGAGAUUCUCUUACUCUACACACUGACGUCACUAAAAUUAACAGAGAUGAUUUCCUAGAGUGGACAUUUGGAAGCACUCCCAUUGCUUCAAUCAAUAGAGAAGCCAAUUCGAUUCAUACCAAGUCAGAUCGUCUGCAGAUUAACAAUCAGACUGGAGAUCUCACUAUCAGAAACACCAGAGCUGAAUAUUCUGGAAUAUAUGAAGUAGAUAUCACCGGCAAGAGUACUACAUUUAAAAACCUCAAGUUCAAUGUUAGCUGUGUGAAUCAUUCUUCAUCAGAUGGAGUAAAGUCAGUGUUGGUGAUGAACAGAGAUUCGGUCAUUCUACACACCAGUCUUACUAAAAUAAAGUCUGAUGAUCUGAUCGAGUGGAGAUUUGGACCUCAGCGUUCCCUUAUAGCUUCAUUUAAUAAAUCAUUACAUACGUAUAAUGCUGUUGGGGGAAUCGAAGACAGACUUUAUUUAAACUCUCGUAACGGAGAUCUGACCAUCAGACACAUCAGAAAUGACACAUCUGGAGUUUAUGAAGUACAGAUUAAAGGUGGCAGGAGCUACACUAUAAAAAAGAGUUUUAAUGUGACUAUCAAUGAUGGACUGAAUAGGAUUUCUGUGAAGGAGGGUCUGUCUGUCAAUCUAUGGUCUGGCGUUGCAGAAAUACACAGAGCUGAUGUGAUCCUGUGGUGGUUUGAACACGGAGAUUCUCCCAUAGCUAAAAUCGACAGAAAAGCUCAACUCUUCGAAACCUAUGAUGGUGAUGAUGGGAGAUUCAAAGACAUGCUGCAGAUCGAUCAUGAGUCUGGAAAUCUAACCAUUAGGAACAUCAAAACUAAUCAUUCAGGACUUUAUCAUGUUGAUAUCAGCAGCAGCACCCACACUUUAUUCACAAGAUUCAGUGUGACUGUCUGUGAUCAUGAUUUGUUCUCAGUCGCUGGAGUUGGUUUUUUCCUUCUUAUUGCUGCUGCUGCUGUUGCUGUUUUUGCUGUUGUUGCUGCUGUUGCUGGUUUGUGUCACUACCGACGGAGAUCCUAUAAAUUACAAAGACGUCAGGAAAAGAAUUCAAGACCAAAGCGCACCUGUUCCUUAUAAAAUGUUUUCUAUUUGCUCUUCUCCACAAUAUGUACAUGGUUAUGCAUUACUACAGGAGAUGGCUCUUGUUUAAGACCUGGGACACAUCAGACAGAUGUUAAAACUGUGAGAGACCACAUACAUAAGGACCCUCUCAUCCAAAAACACUAUCAUCAAAUAUCAAACAAAUAUAAACUAGAUUUUGAUAAACUAAAAUUGAUUUAUGUACUGUAGCACUUCUUAUACAGUGAAUGCAGCUAACUGCAAAACAAAUAUAAGUUCAUAUAUAAAUAAAUUAAUUAUAAAAUAUAAUGUCAGUAUAAACAUAGUCAAAAACAACUAUAAAAUGUUUAAAGAAUAAAAUAGAGAUAGAAUUAAUACAAAUUCACACAAUAUCAAUAGAAACAAAAUAAACCAACAGACAAUUUGACACAAUAUCAAUUAUACAUAAACAACUUUAUAAACAAACAAAAAAAUUCUUGCUUCAAUUAAAUUAACAUUUAGGCUGAAGUUCUACUAUUGACGUUACGUUUUUCAGGUCCAUACUGAAAAACCACAAACUUACCACUCAGAAACGUCCAUUAACAAUCUCCAAACAAUUCAUUACUCCUCAAAAUCUGUAUCUUCAUCUAAUACAGACUGAAACACAAGAUCUGUUUACACACAGAGAGCUACUGAAGGAGCUGCUCUGAGAAACAGCCAAUCAGAGCAGAGCUCAACAUUAUUAUUUUAAAUAAGGUAAUAAUAUAUCAUUUUACGGCCAAAUCUUAGGGUUGUAAAUGGACAUGUAAAACUGUCUCUGGAUCAUUUUUGCACUUAAUAAAGUUACAUACAUUCUGUGUAGAUAUCAGAGAACAAUUUAAUAGAUUAUUACAAUGCAUUCUUUGGCACCUUUAAUCUCAAAUCCAUGACUUCCUUAAAUACUGCUGUGUCAGGAUGUCUGAAACCUGACUGAUAUUUCUGUUGUAUAUUCAUCUAAAACUUGAUGCUGUUGUUGCACUGCAACCUUUUCUAAAAAAUUACAUAAAAUUGAAAUGUGUCUAGUUAAGAAAAGAACAAACAAUCCAGUUUUUUCUUUAAAGUGCUUUUACAACAGCACAUUUCUGAGAAUUAAGAAACAUGGUUGCUAUAGGGUCAUAAUAACUGGAAGUUGAAUUUAGCUGAAAAAACGGUCCUGAACAUUUUUAUUUUAUGGCCUGGAGAACUUGCCAACUCAUCAAUGAAAGUGUUAUCAAUAUAAUAUUCAAUAGCAGAUCUAAUCUGUUCUCUAUUGCUAUGCUGCAAAUGAAUCUUUAAUCUUUAGCUACUGCAUAAAAAGGCGAUCUAUGGUUGAAAAAUCUUUUGUCUAUUUCGUUAAUAAUUUUUUAAUAACGUAAUUUUGUUUCAGAGCGCGCACUUUGUAUUUUCUCUAGUAUCAGUCAAUGAAAUCUCACGAUAAAGAGUUAAUUUUGUUUUUCUUUAGAUGCUCUGACUUACGGCCUUUUCUUCUUUAACUGAUAGAUGUUUAAUUUUCAAUUGCGUAUUCUUGCUAUUAAUCUUACGUUGAUUUUAAAGAGGCAUUAAAAUUUUGUGUACUGUACGCAUUUCACUCAAAGAUAAAGGCUUUUGUUAGAUAUCAUUAAUGAAUCAAAAAUGCUAAAAAAGCUGUUUAUUAAGUUGUUUUGGCUGAAAUAUAGUAUUAAUUUUGUACUUGAUGACAUUACAUUACACAAUUGGGAAUUUUUGGGGGACUAAAAGGUGGUUGUGAAAAAUCGGCUUCAAAUUAGGUUGCACCCAAGCCCAAUUAUUUUUUUAUACUGUUGAUAAAAUGUAUGAUUACUUUAAAUGUUUUGGGAGUCUUCCCUUAUUAUCCUGAUGUGUAUGUUUUUUUUUUAUUUUCCUUUAUGAACUAUAAAUGUUUUGUAUAACAAUGACUACAUGUAUAUAUGGUAAUGUAUAUUGUAUUUUGUGCACAGAAACCAAACAACAGGUAGCUUUAUUUCACUGUUUUAUCAUAGGCAGAGUUUCACAUUUGUGCACCUACCAGCAAACAGGGGAACUGCAUUUUUUUAAGAAACUAUCAUGGUUUUCAAAAAUGUUUUUAAUGAAUUAAAACUAUUUUAGCCUUAAGUUACUCAAUCAAGCUAUUUAACCAAAAUAUUAAGAUUAGACAAAAAUAUGAAUUCUUAUAUUUUGAUUUCAUUAAUAGGUUAGACAAAAUCAUAAGUGACUUUGGUGUGGGGGACAGUGCCCCCUCGCCUCCCCCCAAACUCUGCCUAUGUGUUUUUUUUAAAGAUUGUGUCCACACUUCCGCUCAAAAGUUUUGAGACACUUUUAAAAUGAUAAAAACUGCAGAAAUAAUACAAUUGUGAUUACCAAAAGGAAUCAAAACUGUUAUAUUAUCGUGUCUUCAAAGUAGACCUCCUUUGCCUAGAAUUUGCAAGUCAUACCAUGUCACUUUAUCAAGCAGCUUCUUAAGGUCACACCUUGGAAACUUUAUUAUUGGACUCUUAUUGGCUGCUUCUUUCUUAUUAAUUACAUUUUAGUUUUUUUAAUGAAAUAAAUAACUGUUACACUUUUAUUUUGUAUACAAAACUUUAAACAUGAAUAUUCAGUUUAAAAUUGGUGCUUAAAUUGGUGUGUGGUUUUAGUUUGGCUGAGUUUUUUAUAUUUUGCUUUGUUAAACUGUUACUGUUAUUUUAUUGCAUGGGUGUGUAAUGUUUUUAUACUGUUUUAAGUAUUGGAAAUAAAAUGAAUGUAUUUCCAUUGU